UUUUCAGCUGGUCGCACACAACCGUGGUGGUGUCGUAACAAUCGCAAUGGCGGCUCGAAUGGUCGUUCCACACUCUCGAUCAAACAUCAAGCCGAUAGCAUAAGAAGACGUCCGAAUAGCAACUCAGGUGUUUGGUCAUGGAGUCGCCGCUCAUCGGCCAGUCCAGAUCAAAUUGGACCACCGUCAUCGUCGCCUGCCGAAAAUCAUUAUACACACAUGGACGAUGCAUAUAGUCCAGUUAAUGAGGCAUUGUACGCUGAAUUGGAUCGCGAAUCGGUACGUUCGGCAAAUCCGUCAUAUCAAAAUACGGCCUACAGUCAGUGUGGUGAGAAAUACAAUUUUCAACAACACGAGCAAGACAUUCCGAUGGUGGUGUCAUCAGCGCCCAGCAGCGCCUAUUAUUCCGACCUCUCGGUGACCGCCAUGCCAGGCGGCGGCAAUGAGCGUGCCUACGAAAUAGUUGGCCUAACGGUCAUGUCACAACCACUGCCCAACUGGGAAGGCAGCAGCGGCGGCGGUGGCGUCUUGGGCGUAGGCGUUGGCGGUACAAUGGGCCCCCUCGGCAGCGGCGGACCAAACGAAGCCUCGCAACGGCGCAUACCACGCUUGGCGGCCAUCAAUGAGACAAGCACCAGCACCGUGGCGGCAACAGUGCCCUCAGACUAUGUAUGAGAUACGGAGGAUGGGCGGCAGUGCGAGGAGGGUGUAUAGCGAUUUUAAAAAGAAUUUAAAUGAAAUUGUUUUCGAAUAUGCACUGAGACGCAGUGUAGCAUACUUUACGGUCGUUAGUUGUUAAUAAUGGCAACGGUAGCUUGAGAAGGUGGGAAAGUAGCAGAGAAAUGUAAAAAUAAUCAUAUUUAGGGCAGUAAAAACGAAAGUGGUAAUUCAACGAGCUUAUAUUUGUUAAUACAUAAUUUAUUGUGAAUUAUUGAAAACUGUUGAAACAGUGAGAUUCUUGAAAGCAUAAAGCGCUAUUUAUGUAGAGUUAUAUUAGAUUAAAAAUUAUUAUAUUAUAUAUGUAUGUAUACAUAGGAUGUAUCUUUGAGGUAAAAAUAAUGUUAAAGUGCUUACGAAUAUUUAUAGAAUUGCUAUAGUAUGGUACGAAAUGGAGCAUGAAACAACAAAACAAAACAAAAAAAAUUAAUUAUUGUAAUUAUUCUAUUGUAAUUGAGUUAGUCUGUAAGUCUGUUAAGAUUUAACGAUUUAAUCGUUGGUGAUAUUUAGCCUAAAUAUUUAGUGUGGACACAUAGAUGUGCGAAUUGGCGUUAAAAUGCGAAAAGUAAACCUUGUAUAUGAAAUGCGGUAUACGUUUAGAAAUAAAUACACACACACAUGCGUAUACAAAGAUGUUUUAGAAUUAGAGACUGCUGUCUAUGUAAACAAUGUAGAAGUAAGCAAAGAAAAUUACAAAAAAAUAUUUAAAAAUAAUAUAAAAAAUAUUUAAAAAUUAUAUAAAAAAUAGAAUUAAAAAUUAUAAAAAAAUAUUAAAAAAAUAUAUAACAAAUCUACGCGAGUUAAACAUUAUUAGAGACAUAUUGAAAUCCUUAAAGGAACAUAUUAGAAUAAUGCAUAUUUAGCUGUUAAGCGUGCGUGUUUGUAAAAUAUACAUAUAUACAGUAAAGGAUAAAAUGGUUCACGAAAAUACCAAUAUUUUUUUUAAGUUUAAAAAUUAUAAUACAUUAAGCAUUAUGCCUACAAAAAUCUAUAAAUACAUUGAAAAGGGCAUUAAAUUUGCUUUCGAAAUCAAUACAUCUUUAGUCCAUUGACUCAAAAGUGAUUUUAAAGGAUUAUAUUCAGUUAGAAGGCCGCAAAAACCGAAAUUUUCAGAAUUUUUUCUGAGAAAACUUUUCAAUUUAUUGAUCCAAAAGUUUUUACACAUAUGGUAUAUUUUAACUAUUUUUCAACAUUUAGUUAAAAUAUUUAUUUGGAAAGGAACUACAGCUGCUAUCCCGUAACUCCUUCAAAAAAGACGUUUUGUGAUGACCACUAUAUCUCUGAACUGGAUCCUCUGAAAUUUAAAUACCAAACAGAUUUCGUUAAAAUAAUGUUAAUAAUAAUGAAUAAGUAAAAAAAAUGUUUUUGACAAAAUGGCAGUUUCUCAAAAAAAAAUUGAUUUUUGACCAAAAAUUUCGGCCUAAAAUUGUUUAUAAAAAAUCGAUGAGAUAAAUCAAUACAACUUUUGUCCAUGGACUCAAAAGUGCGAUUACUAGCACGUUGAUAUUUUUCACCGUCCUUUUUGUAAUGCUAUUUGAGGUUCUCUAAAAUAUUUGGGCUUAUUUUUUGUCUUGUGCGCGCUCUUCCACAAUUUAUUUACAGUUUUUGGGGCUUCCCUUUCGGAAAAAAUUGUUUGUUAAAAUGGCCCAAAGGUGCUCAAUGGGGUUAAAGUCUAGGGUCUGCGUGGAGAGUCAGUCCAGCAGUUCGAUCACAUUAACCACAAACCAUGAUUUGGUAGUUUUUGCGCUAUGUUUCGGACCGCUAGCCCUCUGAGUCUGAAUAUAACCUGACUUGCAUGAUAUAAGUUCUCCAGAAUUUCAAUAUAAUCUGUGAUACGCAUAAUAUCAUCGAUCGGACGAAGUAUGCCCAGCUCCAAGCCAUCAAUGAUCCACCUCCAUAUUUCAUUGUUGGAAUCCAGUACACCAACCUGUUUGUCAACCUAUGCCCUUGCGCCCCCACCUGAUCCUAUUUGAUUAAUUUUGGUUUCAUCGGACAAAGUAGCUCCUUUCUAAUCAACCAUGUUGAAUUAUUCAUAUUUUUGGCGAACUCUCAUCGAGCCUAACGGUGCUUAUCACUUAAGAACGGGCUCUUUACCAUCGUUCUAGCCUUAAAUCGGUUAUUUUUCAGGCAUAUUUGUGCAGUUUUGACGCUGACAUUGACUCCAUGGACCUCGCUGAUGACUUUAUUAGUUUCCACAGCGGUUUUUGUAGGACAGCGGACAGCGUCUGCUCUUUCACAACAAGUGAACUCAAAUUACACAUAUUCGUGAACACUAUUGUCCCUUACUGUAUAUAUGUUAAACUUAGUUUGUGUAUGUAUAAAGUUAUUGUAUUAAAGUGAAAAAAUCGCAUAUUUAUAUAUUGUAAAUGUUUCCGUAUUGACUGAGCCUAUUUACUUGCAUAUGUAUGUAUGUAUGUACAUAUGUGCACUUUUAACUAUACUAUUAUCAUAAUAACACGUAAACCAAUAACAAUGACCUUGCCUCACAGUGCAUAUUGCAUACAUACAUUAUUUUUACAUAUGCAUAUGUACAUAUACAUACAUACAAUUAUUUACAACUUAAUUGUUAUAAAACAAAUAUACAUACAUUCAAUAUUUACAAGCUGCUGAUUUCAAAGAAUAUUCUGAUGUGCUCUAGCAAGUAAGCGUUAAAAUGAAUAAUCUGAAAA